CGGAAUCCCUCAGAUCCCCGAGAGGGCUUGCCCCACCGUGGGCGCACGGGAGGGCUGCGAGGUCCCAGGUAGAUCCCCCAGCGAACAGAUUUGCACGCUUAUGCGUCAGUGGGCCUUCAAGGACGCAGCUCCAUCCGACACAUGCUGACCGAAACUCACGAGGACCUUCAGAGCACAGGCUUGUAGAGGGGCACUGACGCUCUGGCUCACCGACGGGAGUACACACUUCUGUUUGUGUUCUUUCGCCCCCUGGUUCUUAAAGGCUCAUUAGACAUCACAUCAGAUAAGGACUUAGACUCAGUGUUGCUCAGCGCAGAUGAUCCUCCGAUAAGGAAACAGAUCAAGAGAGGUUAAUGAUUUGCCCACCUUCACCCAUCCAUGCCUCCCAAUGUCAAGACAAAAGUUGGGGAAAGGAAGGGGAAGAAUGACGGGUUUUUGGAGAAGAUCAGUGCUGACCAGCCUUUGAAGGGCGAACAAGAUUUGAAUCAGCAGAGAUGAGGAAAGGCUGGGAAAAGGUAAUGUGCCGGAGAGUGGAGAUGAGCGUCCAGGUGCCUGGGAUUCCCUCUGCCUGGCCUUGCUUCAGCUGACCUCCCUCUUGUAGUUAGGCCCCCGCUGAUGGACCCUCCGGAAAUGGCUUCUUCCCUCCCUCCUGCCCCAAGCGAGGGUUGGCUGCAAAAGCUGGAUUCCCUUUCUACAGAGGGAAUAGAAAAAUAAAGAAUGUAUUAGUUAUAGAAAUAGCAUUGCACACACCCACCAGAAUGCCUAAAAUGGAAAUGAUGGAAAGUGCAAAGGGAUGCUCUGGGACUCUCCCACACAGCUGAGAGGAAUGUGAAUUUGUACAGCCACUUUGGAGAACUCUUUGACAGUAGCUACUGAAGCCAACCAUACACACCUUAUGGGUGACCAGCAGUUCCACCCCAGGAGUAUACAAGAGCAGACAAGCUCAACAGAGUGAAGUCACCUUUCCCAGACCUGUGAAAUUUUAUAUUACUUCUCUUCUUGUUCCGGUUUGUGGCUCUGGAGAAGUACACACAGUUUACCAUAAGCAGAGCAGGGUUAGUAUAGGCACUGAAAAAACACUCACCGAUCAGUGUCCCUGUGAUGGAUGACACAUUCAUUCACCAAAUACUUAUUGAGAAGCUUCUCGGAGCCACAUCAGAAGAUAGGCACUAGAGGGUACAAAGACAAAACAGUCACUGCCCCUGGCCUCAGGGUGAGAGCAAAGCAGCCACAUAAUUACCAUACGAUAUGACAUUAGAGCAACACCUGACUUUGGGCAGCCUGACUAUACUGAAUCCUUCAUAAUUGUUCGUACAGAAAAGAGUGGUUUGGAGUACAAGGUGGAUGAGAUUGCCCUGUGAAAACUGAAGUGAGAAACUCAACUGGAUCUUGUUCCUGCUUGAUUAUACUGAGGUUAAAGAUUUUUGGAAACAAUACUUCUCAAAUGAUGCUGGUGCUUCAUAUUGUAUCACAUCAGGGGACACAUAAUGUCAGGAGGAACCAGAUCAUUGCAGCUCUAUUCACAAUAGCCAGGACAUGGAAGCAACCUAAGUGUCCAUCGACAGAUGAAUGGAUAAAGAAGAUGUGGGACAUACAUACAAUGGACUAUUACUCAGCCAUAACAAGAAACGAAAUUGAGUUACUUGUAGUGAGGUGGAUGGACCUGGAGACUGUCAUACAGAGUGAAAUCCCAGGUCCGUGCAGGCGUCCGGUGGGACAUGGCGAACUCAGGCGGCGAGGACCUCCGGAGCCAGGAAGGGGAGAGUUUUCUCUACUUCGCCUAUGGCAGCAACCUGCUGACGGAGCGGAUCCACCUCCGAAACCCCUCGGCCGUGUUCUGCAGCGUGGCCCGCCUGCAGGAUUUUAAGCUUGACUUUGGCAAUCCCCAAGGCAAAACUAGUGAAACUUGGCAUGGAGGUAUAGCCACCAUUUUUGAAAGUCCUGGCGAUGAAGUAUGGGGAGUAGUAUGGAAAAUGAACAAAAGCAAUUUAAGUUCUCUAGAUAAGCAAGAAGGGGUUAAAAGUGGAAUGUAUGUCCCAAUAGAAGUUAAUGUUUCUACUCAAGAAGGAAAAGAAAUAACCUGUCGAAGUUAUCAGAUGACAAAUUAUGAGCGUGCUCCCCCAUCACCCCAGUAUAAAAAGGUGAUUUGCCUGGGUGCAAAAGAGAAUGGUUUGCCACUGGAGUAUCAAAAGAAGUUAAACGCAACAGAACCAAAUGACUACAAAGGAAAGGUCUCAGAAGAAAUUGAAGACGUUAUCAAAAGGGGGAAGCAAAAACUCAUUAGAACCUAAUAGAAUACAUCUACAGAUAUUUUCUCUAUAUGCUAAUACAUUUUUAACAUUUAGAACAGGGAUCUGGGAUAUCUCUCUGUUUAAUAUAUUUUCAACAGUGUUCUGAAGGGAUAUCUCACUUGGGUGAUUCCUUGUUUUCAGGCUAUAAAAAGACCAGGAUAGGAGUUAGACAAUUGAAAAGGGGGCCUUGCGGCAUUGGAAUGCAUGACAAGUAGAUGUGAGUAUUCCUUCUGUGAACCCUUAAAGUUAUUUUAUUGAGUUGA